UUAGCUGUCUCAACACCAAUCACAGGGAUCGACAGAUCUAAGCUCCCACCCCUAGUGAUACAGUUUUCCUCAGAUUAAUUCAGGCGUACUUCCGAUCUGCAAUUAUGUCUUCCACAUUCAGUGGCGAUGAAACUGCUCCAUUCUUCGGAUUCCUUGGCGCCGCUGCUGCCCUCGUCUUCUCUUGUAUGGGUGCGGCCUAUGGGACAGCUAAGAGUGGUGUAGGUGUGGCAUCAAUGGGAGUGAUGAGGCCAGAGCUCGUCAUGAAAUCAAUUGUGCCAGUGGUCAUGGCUGGUGUUUUGGGUAUAUACGGUUUGAUUAUUGCUGUCAUUAUCAGCACAGGUAUCAACCCUAAAGCCAAGUCCUACUACCUUUUUGAUGGUUAUGCCCAUCUUUCUUCUGGUCUUGCCUGUGGCCUAGCUGGCCUUGCUGCUGGAAUGGCUAUCGGCAUUGUUGGUGAUGCUGGUGUUAGGGCCAAUGCACAACAACCAAAGUUAUUUGUCGGAAUGAUCCUUAUUCUUAUUUUUGCUGAAGCGUUGGCACUCUAUGGUCUUAUUGUGGGAAUCAUAUUGUCUUCACGAGCUGGCCAGUCUAGAGCCGACUAGGAAGCACGCCAUUAAUUUAAUUGCAUUGAAGAGUAUAUAGUACUCCUGGAAUUCAGAGUAUGGAGAAAAUUUCAAUUGUGGCAGGUUUGAGGGAACUAUGUUGUACUACGAUUAAUUUCACGGUUGAUGAUGUUGGAUAUUUAUUUUUUGUUUCUUGAUGCUAUUUGUAUACAUUUACUCGUUUUCAGCAGAAUAAAAAGCUUGUAGAGCUGUCUAUAUCGAAUUUA